AUGACUAGAAAGAUUUCACAACAACUACAACUACAACAACCACAAAAUAAUCAACAACACCUGUCGAAUAAUCCACCAACUGACCAAAAAGUAAAGAAGAAUGCGUUUGUUCAUAAAUUAUUUAAAAUGUUAAAUGAUCCAAAAAUAUCACAUUUAAUAUGGUGGACCAAAAAUAAUGUUGAAGAAAAUACGUUUGCUUUGCAUCCGGGUAAAGAGUUUGCAAAUUGUCUUACUCAAUAUUUUAAACAUGGUAACGUUGCUAGUUUUGUGCGACAAUUACAUAUGUAUGGUUUUCAUAAAGUAAGUGAUCCAAAUAAUCCAAAUAAUAACAAUCAUAAUCUACCUGUAAAUAAUAAUUUAGAAAAGGAUCAAUCUCCAAUUUGGGAAUUUAAACAUUCAAGUGGUAAAUUUAAAAAAGGUGAUGAAAAUUCAUUAAUUUAUAUCAAGAGAAGAUCAAGUUCUAAUAGUUCAAGAAACAGUAGUUAUUCAGGUGAAAAUUCAAAUCAACAAUUCCAACAACAAGAUAUGAAGAUUCAACAAAAUGUUGAUUACAAUUAUGAACAACAACAGCAGCAAAUACAAAUGCAACAACAAUUUCAUCAUCAAGGUUUUAUACCCAAUCAACCAAAUAAUAAUCAAUUUAUACAACCACCUCCACCAUCAGGUCAUGUAAUAUAUUAUGCACCACCACCACCUCAUUCAAAUCCACAACAACAAUCUCAAAUACUACUACCUCAAGGUCAACAAAUACAACCAAAUCAACAACCAACGCCGUAUAAUCCUUAUCCACCACCUCAGCAACAACAACAACAACAACAACCAGUUUAUCAUAUAGUGCAACAUAUAGAACAUCAUCACCCCCCUAGUAUAAUACAACAACCUCCACCUCCAUUUCAACAGAAUCAUUUACCACAACCACCUCAUCAAGAACAACCUUUUGAAUAUCAACAAGGAAAUUUUCAACCUCAACUACCACCUAGUCAAAAUAUUCAACAAAAUAAUUUACCAUUACCAUUACCACCACUACCACCACCUCCUACAGAAAAAUCAAAAUCACCAGUACCUACACCUACUUCAAAUCAUUCAAGUUCUAUUUCACCUUCAUCAAACUUACAAUUUAGAAAAAUUUGGGAAAAUAAUGGUGUUAGUCUGAGUCUGAGACAAAGAAAUCCAUCAUUAUUAUUUGAUCCAUUAGCUUCAACUCCAACCACAAUAAAUCAUCAACUUCAAAGAAAUCCAUCACCACAUACUAGUAAUAUCUCCUUGCCACCACCGUCAACUACUAAUGUAAAUGUAGUUCCAAGACCAAGUUCAUUAGUUCAUAGGCCCAGUUCAUUAAAUAUUAUAACCAAUAGUUCAGUUUUACAAUCAUCAACCCCUACAACAACAUCAAAUUCAUCUCCAACUCAACCUGAAAUUUCAAGAAAAAAUACAAUUGAUUCCCUUAUUUCUCCUAUUCCACAACAACAUCCAAGAAGUAUAUCCACUACAACAACAUCGGGUACUGGUAAUGCAAGUAUUUCAUCAUCAUCAACAGUUUCAUCUCCAUCGAGUCCAAAAAUGAAUGCCCCCACAACUACAAAAAAACCAAGUUUAUUAUUUCAUGAAAGAUUAAGACCAUCAGUAUUUGAAUUACAUGGAGCUGGUUCUUCAAUAAAUAAAUUAAACAAUAAUCAUCGAUCAAGUAAUAGUAAUAAUAAUUCAAUUGGUUCACAAUCUUCAAGUUCAAUUUUUUCAAAUAGAAGUUCAAUCUCUGCAUAUCAAAGAACAUCAAGUUUUGGAUCAAUUUACAAUCUUACAUCUUCUUCAUCCAAAACAUCAAUAGGUGCAAUUGCACCCCAUGAAUUACCUUCUACAAAUUUUCAUGAAUUAGAUACAGUAACAUCACCUAUUCAAAGAUUAAAAAGUCCUAGAUCUCAAACACCACCAAAUUUGACGAUGAAGAAUAGUAAAAAAGUUUCAGUAAAUUCUUUACUUGAUGAUAAUUCAAAUAAUGAACCAUUGUAUAAAUCAUCAGUGAUUAAAGAAGAACGAAAUUCAACAUCAUCAGAAGAAGACGUUUUAAAGAAGAGAAAAUUGGAAACAACGAAACCUGAACAAUAA